CAAUACACCUAUACCUAAAUACAGUGUCCCUAACACAGGAAUUUGAUUUGAUAUUCUGUUGGUGAUAACUGGGGGAAAUUUAUAAGGUUUAUACAGUGUUAAUAGACUGUAUGUCGGAAAAUAAAUAUUACGUCACAAAUUGAUGCAGCCCUCAUCAGAUACAGUCUCUAUUAACGGAAAAUUUUGUUGGAUGAAAGUAAUUUAAUUUCAAGGGUUCGUGACGCUGGUGUGUGGGAACGUGUAAUGAAACGUGUGUUGAUAGGGGAGCAUUUGUUUUGUGCUCAAAGUUAGUAACUUAUAUGGUUACGUUGUUGAAAAUUGAAUUUGGGGUUAGAGUUAUUUUCUUACUUGUGAUGAUUUCUGCUGAAGGGGAAUGGAGUUUCCCCGAUACCCUUGAAGGAUUUGGCUACGCAUUCAAUAAAGAUGGACAGCUAAGGAAAAUUGAUCCAAAUACUGGUGGACCAGGAAGUGAAUCCUUUGAGUUUAAUGUUAGUGAGAAUGAAGACUACAAUCAAAAGAGAUAUGAAGCUUUAGGUGAUGUAAGUGUAACAACUGAAAACACACGUUGCAUUUUCAGUCUGCUUAUAAAUGACAGUUUACAAAGUGGGUCACAGAUCCCAUUCAUAAAACGUGCAAGAGAACUUGGAUAUGCUAUUAUAGUGAUGAAUCCUAAUGAGAAUACCAAGGUUGUAGGUGGCAAAAUAAUCAAAAUUAAGAAUAGUCAGAAUGCAAAGGAACAUGCACAUUACAUAUGGAAACAUUAUGUUAAAGAAAUGACUCCAAAGCAUAUUGCAAUAAUUGCUCACAGUUAUGGUGGAUUCCUGACAGUUGAUCUGGCUACUCAGUAUUACUCUGAUUUCCACAGCAGAGUGUUUGCUAUUGCCUUAACAGAUUCUGUGCAUAGUUUGGAGAUGCAGAAAGUCCCUCCCAGAGUUUCAGAGUACCUGCAAAAGGUGUCACGUAACUGGGCUUCCCAUGAUACCCCCCUGGAUACCCCACUACCAUCCAAGAUGGCAGGCGACAUUCCUCGAGUUUCAGCAGGACACACAAGGCAUGAGAUGACAUCCUGGUCGAGUUUUGAGUCUGUGUUCACAUUCCUACAGGAACGAUACAGUGCCUUGUCUAAUAAGGAAGAACUUUGAUUACUUCUAGAAGAGAAUAUGUGAAUGGAAAUAAUAUACAGCAAAUAGCCUGAUCAUGGUUGCAUGGUAGUUAUGAAAGAUUGGAGAGAUGCACUUCAAAGCAGAUCCCUUCAGUGUGUAUCCUUGUAAUUAUGGUGUCAUUUCGGUCUCAUGCCUGAGGAUCUGUACAGCACAUUUUCUGCCUUUUUAACUUGUUAAAAUCUCCUAGAUCAGGGGUGUCCAACUUCAGACCACUAUGGGGUAUUUGCAUGAGUCACUUUAUGUUUCUUCCAUUAUUCUGAUACGAAUAUGUUCCCUGCAGUGAUCUACUCUGUGAAGGAUAUGUACAUGAAUAAGAUUUGGACCUGUAAGGUUCAAGAAUGUCAACUUAAAUUUUAUACAUUAUAAUGUUACAUAUCAGAAUUAUGGGAAGUCAGAGUUUCUGACAAAACAGAAAACACCCACUUCACAUUAUCAAUACAAGUACUGUAGAUAUUCUCUUUUACAAGAGUGGAUAUAUCUACAUUUACCUUACUAAUAACAAGUGUAAGUAAGUGGGAAAGAGAUUCAUCUCUUAGUGCACAUGCUGCAUGGUUGAGAUAGUAAUCUCACGAGUAAGUGCUCCCAUGGUGAGGAAGACUGUCACGGACCGCAGAGAAGAAACUAUGGGCUACAUGUGUCCUGCAUGCCGCUGAUUGGACCUUUCUUCUAAUUUCACCACGUAGUUUUCAGUCAUUACAGAUGUUUAACUGAGUUUCUCUUGUGCAGUUUUAACUAUUUAAUCAGAAUUUUCCAAACACAGUAUUCUUUACAGAUAUGUGUUCAUAUUUCUUAUAAAACUGAUUUCUAUAAUUGUAACUCUCUUUGUGUUUGCUGUCCCAGAGAGAGAUUCAUGUUAGUGUUUCAUAUGUAAAUAAAUGUUUUACAUAUAAGUUGGAGCAGAUUGAUAUAACAGUUAUUCUUUUUUCUUUGAAAUUGAUCAGAAGAAUAAUAAGUUCAUUAUCAUUAUGGUCUCCUGGGAUAUGACAGUGUAAUUUGCUAGAUAGGCAACAGCAUUUCAGAAGAGCUUGCUGACUCUCUCUUCAAGGUAAACAUUCAUACCUGUUGCUGCCAGCUUUAUGCUGGUUUGUUUGCUUGACUUACACUUCAGCCCUGAAGAUGAUGGUUUUAUAUUCUCUUUGAAGUCAACCAAAGCAGACUUGCAUUACAUGACAUUGUAUCUCAGAAGAACUUUUGGUUACUUUACUUCAUAGCCUCAUUCUGUGUGAACUGAAAUUUAUUUUGAAAUGUUUGUUGAAGGAAACUGAAAUUUUUGUGAUUAAUCCCGUUUGUGUGGAUCACAAUGGUUGUGCAGUGUAAGGAAUGGAUGUUUUUCUAUGUGUGUUCUGUGUAGAUAGUGUCCUUGUGGCAAUCUGAUCCACUGCCCAAGGAGUCCUACCAACUGUUUGUAUGUUUAACAAACUUUGAAAUGGAGGCCAAGAUUUAUCAUUGACUGUAGUAUCCACAGAACAGAAUAGUAACUCUGUUUGUAAUAUGUAGAAAAUUUCCCUCUUACUCAUCUUUAAAUUUUGACGUGUGAAGUAUUGGAAGUAGGUCUGUUAAAUUAUGACAUACAAACUGAAGAAAUAGAAAUCUGUUGAACAAUAUCAUAUGGACUGUAUUAUUUAAAUAAAGGUGCAAACAGUAUCAAAUCAGAAAUUUAUGUGACAGCUUUUUCAUUUUUUCUGUGCAUGGAAGUUUUAAUUGUACACUAUAGAAGUCAUAAACUUAAACUGAAAAUAACACAAUCAGUGUGACAGGGAGUGUUGGAAAAAUGUAUGAUUGAUUGUAAAAAUAUAUUCUUAAAGAUAUCUGAAUGUUAAUACAUGUUCUUGAAGGUUAUGUCUGUGUUAUUAAGAAGUUUUUUAAAUUGUACUUGUGUCUGAAUUUUCAAUAAGGAAAGGGAAAUCAGUGAAGAAACAAAUAAUUGUUUCAAAUACUCUGUAAAACCAAAAUAGUGAGGCCCAUUUUAGACUGCUGAUAAAGUCAUUUCAGUUUUUAUUCCACUUUACUACUCUUAUUCAUAUGACUGCCUUGUAGUCGUGGUCUUUCAAAAGGGAGAUCUAUUGUAAUAUGCAGCUGCAGGAAGUGUAAUUCUGUAGGCCAGAUGUUCUCUUCUAUAACAUGUGCCCAGCCUGUGCUCACUGGUUACUGAUAUUGUCAUGUAAUUAAGUGACUAUAAACAGGGUUUGGAUUGGUAAUCAGAUUUAUUGGACUCUUU